GCCCUUCUUUACCUUUUUCCCAAUUAAUUUUCCUUUCAUCUCUCCAGUUCCUGUUUUCUCAUCCCGUGAAUGCCAACAGAGAUUGCAAUGAACAACAGAAGGUAUGAAGUGUUUAUGAGCUUCAGAGGAGAAGAUACUCGUGCUACUUUCACUUCACAUCUCUAUGCCGCUCUUCAAAAUGCCGGAAUCAUUGUUUUCAAGGAUGACGAGUCACUUCCAAGGGGAGAUCAGAUCUCAGGCUCACUCCUGCUAGCAAUCGAACAAUCUCAAAUUUCGAUUGUUGUUUUCUCAACAAAUUACGCAGAUUCGCGGUGGUGUCUGCAAGAGUUGGAGAAAAUAAUGUCUUGUAACAGAACCAUAGGGCAGGUGGUUCUGCCAGUGUUCUAUGAUGUCGAUCCCUCUCAAGUACGCUAUCAAACUGGCCCCUUUGGAGAAUCAUUUCAAAACCUUUCCAACAGGAUUUUAAAAGAUGAUGACGAGAAAGCGGUCGGAGAGGGCGAAUAUGAUAAGGAAUAUAUGAUGAGCAGGGUUUUGAUCAGUCGUUGGAGGAAGGUACUUCGUGAGGCUGCUAGCAUCGCAGGGGUUGUAGUUCUAAAUUCCAGGAAUGAAAGUGAGACUAUAAAAAACGUUGUUGAAAAUGUUACACGUUUGUUGGACAAGAUAGAGUUGCCCCUUGUCGAUAAUCCCGUGGGAGUAGAAUCUCGAGUGCAAGACAUGAUUGAGCUACUAGACCUAAACCACAAACAAUCAAAUUCAAAUGAUGUUUUGCUAUUAGGAAUAUGGGGAAUGGGAGGCAUUGGUAAAACAACCAUUGCAAAAGCCAUUUACAAUAAGAUUGGUCGCAAUUUUGAGGGAAGGAGCUUUCUUGAACAAAUUGGGGAACUUUGGAGGCAAGACACAAUUCGUUUCCAAGAACAACUUCUAUUUGAUAUCUACAAAACGAAAAGAAAGAUACAUAAUGUUGAAUUAGGAAAACAAGCUUUGAAGGAAAGACUUUGCAGUAAAAGGGUAUUUCUUGUACUUGAUGAUGUGAAUGAUGUGGAGCAAUUGAGUGCUUUAUGUGGAAGUCGCAGAUGGUUUGGUUCAGGGAGUAGAAUAAUCAUCACAACUAGAGAUAAGCAUAUUCUUAGAGGGGAUAGAGUUGACAAAAUUUACACAAUGAAAGAAAUGGAUGAAAGUGAGUCUAUUGAGCUUUUUAGUUGGCAUGCAUUCAAGCAAGCAAGUCCAAGAGAAGGUUUUACUGAACUUUCAAAUGAUGUUAUUGAAUAUUCUGGGGGUUUGCCAUUAGCUCUUACAGUCCUUGGUUGCCAUUUGUUUGAUAUGAAGAUAAUAGAAUGGAAGGCUGUAUUAGACAAACUUAAGAGAAUUCCUCAUGAUCAAGUACAAAAGAAGUUAAAAAUAAGCUAUGAUGGUUUAAGUGAUGAUACAGAGAGAGACAUAUUCCUUGAUAUAGCUUGUUUCUUUAUUGGAAUGGAUCGGAAUGAUGCUAUGUGUAUCUUAAAUGGUUGUGGACUUUUCGCAGAAAAUGGAAUACGCGUUCUUGUAGAGCGAAGUCUUGUAACUGUUGAUGAUAAGAACAAGCUUGGAAUGCAUGAUUUGCUACGAGACAUGGGAAGAGAAAUCAUUCGUGCAAAAUCACCAAAGGAUCUUGAGGAGCGUAGCAGGUUAUGGUUUAAUGAGGAUGUGCUUGAUGUAUUAGCAAAAAAAACUGGAACGAAAACCAUUGAGGGUCUGGCUUUGAAGUUACCAUUAACCAAUUCAAAUUGUUUUAGCACUGAAGCAUUUAAGGAGAUGAAGAAACUCCGAUUGCUUCAACUUUCCGGCGUACAACUUGAUGGAGAUUUUGAAUAUCUUUCCAAAGAUCUUAGAUGGCUUUGUUGGAAUGGAUUUCCUUUAAAAUGCAUACCCAAAAACUUUCAUCAAGGAAGUCUAGUUUCCAUUGAGUUAGAAAAUAGUAAUGUUAAACUUGUGUGGAAAGAGGCCCAGUUGAUGGAGAAAUUGAAAAUUCUCAAUCUUAGUCAUUCUCAUAAUUUAACACAGACCCCAGACUUUUCAAAUUUGCCUAAUCUGGAAAAGCUAGUGCUGAUAGAUUGUCCAAGGUUGUUUGAGGUCUCCCAUACCGUUGGACAUCUCAAUAAAAUUCUUAUGAUAAAUUUGAAAGAUUGUAUUAGCCUUCAUAGCCUUCCAAGAAGCAUCUACAAGUUGAAAUCUCUUAAAACACUCAUUCUCUCUGGAUGUUUGAAGAUUGACAAGUUGGAAGAGGACUUGGAACAAAUGGAGUCUUUGAUGACCCUUAUUGCAGAUAACACUGCAAUAACAAAAGUUCCCUUUUCAAUAGUCACAUCAAAAAGCAUUGGAUACAUUUCUAUGUGCGGCUAUGAAGGAUUCUCAUGUGAUGUGUUUCCUUCUAUUAUUUUGUCUUGGAUGUCACCAAUGAGUAGUCUCUCGUCCCACAUUCAAACAUUCGCAGGCAUGCCAUCUCCUAUUUCUUUACAUGUGGCUAAUAAUAGUUCCCAUAAUCUAUUAUCUAUUUUUGAGGACCUUCCAAAGCUUCGAAGUCUUUGGGUAGAUUGUGGAACUAAACGUCAACUAUCUCAAGAAACAACAAUCAUUUUAGAUGCUUUAUAUGCCAUAAAUUCUAAAGCAUUGGAAUCAAUUGCAACAACAUCACAAUUACCAAAUGUGAAUGCUUCAACUUUAAUUGAAUGCGGCAAUCAAGUGCACAUUUCAGGAUCAAAAGAUUCCUUGACAUCUCUUUUAAUUCAAAUGGGAAUGAGUUGCCAAAUCGCUCAUAUUUUACAGAAUAUGAAUACUAGUGAGAAUGGUGGUUGUUUGCUCCCGGGUGAUAGUCAUCCAGAUUGGUGGACUUUCCACAGUGAAGAUUCUUCUGUGAUUUUUGAAAUCCCUCAAGUGAACAAACGGAACUUGAAGACAAUGAUGUGCCAUGUCCAUUAUUCUUCCCCAGUCAAUAUAGCAACAGAUGGCUUGAAAAAUUUGUUGGUGAUUAAUCACACAAAGACCACCAUUCAGCUUUACAAGAGUGAUGCAUUAGCUUCCUUAGAAGACGAGGAGUGGCAAAGGGUAUUAUCAAAUAUAGAGCCUGGUAACAAAGUGGAAAUAAUUGUUGUUUUUGGGAGCAGGUUAACUAUUGUUAACAAGACCACGAUUUAUCUCAUAUAUGAGCCAAUGAAUGAAAAAAUGGAGCACUGCCAUGCGCCAAAUAAGAAUGUAAUUGUUUUUAAUGGUGAUGAAAAUGUAUGUAAUGACAGGUCAAUCUCUCAAGUGAAAUUCAAGGAUGACGUAGGGUGUGUUUCUGUAAAAAGAGUAAUUAAGUGCUUAUUGAAUAAGUGCUUAUCAUGUAAAAGCUUUACUGCAAAAUCAGAAAAGAAGAAAAGUUGAGUGAGGUUAAAAGGCGGUGAAAGAAUGUUAGGUCAAACUUGAUUCUUAUAGUGGCUGUAAACCUUGUAUUGGUGCUAUUGUUUGUGUUGGAUUGACCAAUGAUAGUUUUGGGCAGUGGAUUAGUGGUUUUACAUGUAGAUUGGUGCGUAUCCUCCGGUUGCUAAAGAAUGUCGUGCUUGGGUAGGUCUAUUUGACUUGGGAUCUUAGUUUCUGAGGAGUUCAACUUGAGCUUGAUUCCUGGAAACUAUACAAUUAUGGCGAUGUGGGUGUCCGUGAUGUGCAUAGGGAGUGAAUUCCAUUACACUGUGCUGUUUGCUCGAGUGUCGACACCAAUGUUCAAAAUAGAAGUGAACUGGAAGAAAGGGAAUCAACAAUUCACAAAGCUUUUGAUGCUCAAGACCAGAGUGGAGGUGGUGGUUUCGUAAAGUGAGGAACGGAUGUCAAACUUCCACUAGAGAAGCUUGAGCACUUUUGAUGUUUUGGCUUCAUUGUAUGGAGUAAGUUCUGGCAAAUCAUUUUGAGUCUACACAAGAGCCCGGGAGGUUUCAAGGAUUCAUCAGGACUAAUGGGAUUUCUUUGGCGUAUCUAAAUGUCAGUCAAGUACAUUCUUGCGAUGUGAAUUUUUUAUGUGUUUCUAGUUCAAAUGAAUAUUCUGGGGAAGACACUGAAGUAUCUAAACCUGAGCAUUUUCAGUAUGCGCCUUUGGUAGAAUGGACAAGGACAUGCUGGCCCAAACUUCCAGGAAUCUGAAAGAAUUGAGGGGUGUUUCCUUUGUGGUUGUAACAAGGAAAAGUAAAAACCAUCGAUCAGGAAUGUCAGAAAAAAGUAAUUGAUGAAUUUUACAUGUUCCCCUUGGUGCCGUAUUUCAAGUUCUGGUGCCGAGGUUUUCUGGAAACAUAUCUCCAAGAGAAUGUUGCUUUGUCCAUGCAACCCUUGUGAAGCACUUUGCUGUAAACUGAAGCUGAAGAUAGAUGAUACAGAGCCCAUUAAGUAUUUCAUGUGUAACAAAGUGUCAAAGGAGUGGUGAUUGGGUCUUGACUACUCUUGCUGAGGCUAGUUGCUCCUGUGGGAAAUUCAUGGACAAAGAAAUGAAGUUGUAUGGAAAUUCUAUUGGACUCAUGGGGAUGAUGUUUUUGUUAAGGGGAAAACCAUGCACUUGAUCUUUAAUGAUUUAAGGGGGCUGCAAAGCUCUCCUGGUAAAUCUAUUCAAAAACUUGUCCAAUUUGACCACAAAAACUUCCACCACAAGCUGACAGAAAAUUCCCUGAAUGUUGUCUUAAAGGUGGUAAUAUUGCUUUUAAUUUCUUAGAAUGGGUUUCUGUAAUGGUACGUUUGUAUCACACAAAUUAUCCUUUAUUUAUAGUGUGAUUGAUUUACAAUAUAUGGAAACAUAAUAUUCCCUAUUAAUGAUUGUAAUCCCUAAUAAUCAAUUGCUGAUAUUUUUUAA